AUGAGCUACAUGUCGGCCGACUCGCCCAAGAUGGGCGAGGCCGAGCACUACAACGCGCUGGUGCAGGAGACGUCCAAGGCCGUGGGCCAGUUCAACCAGGUCACGCGCACCAUCGCGCAGAAGAUGACGCUCUUCGGCACGCCGCAGGACUCGCGCGCCAACCACCAGCAGCUCACGGAGCUCACGGACCGCGGCAACAAGCUCGUGGCCAAGAUCAACCGCCGCCUGCACGAGCUGGACAAGGGCGCCAAGGCCGCGGGUGGCCGCGCGCGCAAGACGCAGGUGGCCAAGCUGUCGACGGACUACAAGAACCAGCUCAAGUGCUUCGAGGACACGUGCCAGAAGCUGCUGGCGGCCGAGCGGGCCGCCGUCUCCAACCUGCGGCAGUCGUCGCUCUCCUUCCGCUCCGACGACGACGACAAGCCGGCGGGCUUCGACGGGUACAACGAGGACCAGAUCUACUCCCAGGCCAACGUCACAACCUACAACGAAGACGAAGAGGACAUUAUCAAGAUCAACCAGCAGCUGCACGAGGUGAACGCGGCUUACCAGGAGGUCGACGGGUUAGUGCAGGACCAGGGCGAGAUCGUCGGUGCGUGA